GCAGGUCGGUGUCUGUCCUGUGAUUGGUGGCUUCCUGUCCAGCAGGAAGUUGUGAACAGAGUUUAAAAGCUGCUGCAGGACUGCAGGCAUUCACAGGAAGCUGGACCAGCAAUGGCUCUGCUGAAGGUUCUGCUGCUACUGCUGCUGGGCGUCUCAGUGAACUCGGACGUUUCUCUGCAGAAGAGAAUCAUUGGAGGUUAUGACUGUGAUAACCAGCAGCGUCUUUAUUAUGUUCGGAUCAUGGGCAGAGAUGGUAAAGAACACCACGUGUGUGGAGGAUCUCUGAUCCACCCUGAGUGGAUCCUGACUACAGCUCACUGCUGGAUGUCGGAGCCAGGCUGGAGAAACAUAGCAAUGUUAAAAGUUCAUCCACUGACUGCUAACCAGCAGAAUUUGGUGAUCCAAAACAAUCCUGUGACUUACACUGACCACGGCCAGCGGCAUGACAUCAUGUUGCUGAAGCUCCAGAAACCAGUAACAGAUGUCCCUCCUGCCCGGCUACCAAAUUGCGCCAAUCGUCUUAAAGUAGGCGACACUGUUCAGUUGGCCGGAGAGGGACAAAUGAGAACCGGCCCCAAUAAUCGGCGAUUAACCUACAGUCCAAUCUCAUUGCGUCUUCAGUGUGUCGACAUGAAAGUUGUUGCUGUUUCCCAGCUCAUGCAGACACUUGGGCACACGUUCCACACUGCAGCACCAAACAAGGACGUAUGUCAUGGCGACUCGGGGGCAGCAGUGGUGUUCAACGACAUGAUUUACGGUUUGAUUUCUGGAUGUGGAAGAGAUGCAUUUCAGAUACCAGCUAUACACACUGACGUGUGUGAAUACAUGGAUUGGAUAGUAAAAACAACUGGGCUUAAAUAAAACAUAAACUCUCCUGAAAUUAAAAUUCUCAUCAAAUUCCCCCUCAGAUGUCAUUUUUUUAUAGAUAGUUGUAUCUUCAUCAGUUUGUAGAAUUAGGAUAAAUGAAUAGUUUUGUUUUUUCCCUCACCUGACCUUGAUCUCCCUAACGAAGCUUUCUCAGAAAUGGAAAAUAAAUCAAUAAAUGAAUGAAAAAGAA